AUGAAUGUAACGGCAAGACAAAAAGAAAUAUUAAUAAAUAAUUUGAAAAGUCAUGCGGAAUUAGUGAGAGGUCGAGUAAACCGAAAAAAUGAGAGUAAAAGAAAAUUGAAUGAUAUGUGGAAUAAAAUUACUGAACAUAUUAAUGCAAGUAACGAAGGCCCUCAAAAAAGUGGACAAGAAUGGGCAAAGACAUGGAAAGAUAUGAAGUCAUAUAUUUUGAAAAAAGAAGUAAGACGACGUAGUUAUAUACAAGGGACAGGAGGUGGACCUCCUCCUCAAAUAUUUCUGUCUAGUUUUGAAGAGGAAGUUUUGGAAUUUUUAACACCAGAAGCAGCUGGAUUGCAAAACAUCCCAGAAGGUGGAAUACUUGAGACAGCAGAAGAGACACAGACUUUAUCAGAAUGUUGUUCAACAUCUCAAAUUAAUCAGUUUACAUCUCAUGACAAAAAAAAUCAAUUCAUCAUUUAUCAUAUAGCAUGUUGCAAAUUCAAGAAAUGA